GAAGAAGCAAGAAAGUUAUAGUGUUGUUGAAGAGGUUUUCUUCUCUGCUAAGGACACGACGACGUACAUACAUACCUAACUCAUAAACCAUUGUGUGUUUUGAGUUUCAGUUUGAGUUGAUCGGGGAUCGAUGAAUACGACGCCGUUCAUGGACAAGCAGAUAAUGGAUCUAACACAUGGAUCUUCAACUCAGUCCAAUAAGGACUUGAUCGACCUCAUGAAGCAUCAACAACAUCAAAAUCAACACGAAAACCAAGUUGUUGAAGAAGAAGAACGACAACAACAAGAACAAGAAGGACAAGGGCGUGGCAAUGGUGUCAACAAAGACGACAUCGUUCCGAGCUACGAUUUCCAACCGAUUCGCCCACUCGCCGCUUCAACUCAGCCUUCUAAUUACGAUUCUGCCCCCAGUUUCGGUGCCGCUUUUACUAGGCCUUGGAACUCUGAUUCCAACUCUAAUUCUUCCCCUCCUAUCUUCAAAAACUACAGUUCUCUGGAUUCUAUUGAGCCUGCAAAGGUCAUUGUAGAAAAGGACCGAAAUGCUUCUGAUACUACAAUUUUGUCUGAGAUUGAUCGAACUGUGAAGAAUCAUAUGGAAAAUUUGGUUCAUGUUCUAGAAGGUGUUAGUGCUCGGUUAACACAACUAGAAACCAGAACCCAUCGUCUUGAGAAUUCUGUGGAUGACUUAAAGGUAUCUGUUGGAAACAAUCAUGGUAGCACUGAUGGAAAAUUGAGGCAUCUGGAGAAUAUUCUUCAAGAGGUGCAAACAGGGGUGGAGACUAUCAAGGACAAGCAAGAUAUAAUGCAAGCUCAGCUGCAACUGGCGAAGCUACAAUUAUCCAAGACAGAUCAACAAUCAGAAACUCAAACUACUGCAAUUACAGAUCCUGUGCAGCAAGCUGCGUCUGCUCCCCUGCAAUCUCAACAACACCAUCCUUCCCCCAUAAAUCUUCCACAAUCAAUUCCUGUGGUUCCUCCCCCAAAUGCACCUCCUCAACCUCCCCCCCAACAGGGUUUGCCACCUCAAGUUCAACUUCCAAAUCAAUUCUCUCAGAACCAAAUCCCAGCUGUUCCUCAAAGAGAUCCAUACUUCCAACCUCCGGUUCAAUCUCAGGAAACCCCAAAUCAGCAAUACCAAAUGGCUUUAGCUCCGCAGCCACAUCCUCAGCCUGGGGCACCUCCUCAUCAACAGUAUCAACAAACCCCUCCUCCCCAGUACUCUCAGCCAGCUCCUCAUCUUCCUCAACCGCAGCCUUCACUGUCACCCAUAAAUCUGCCUCUACUACAAUCUUCACUAGGUCACCAUGUAGAGGAACCGCCUUAUGUUCCUUCUCAGAAUUAUCCUCCCAAUAUCCGACAGCAACCAUCUCAGCCACCGAGUGGACCCCCUCAUUCCCAACAGUUCUAUGGGACACCAUCCAAUGCAUAUGAACCACCAUUGAGUAGAUCUGGUUCAGGUUAUUCUUCUGGAUAUGGUACAUCAUCUGGAUACAGUACAUUAUCCGGGCCUGCUGAGGCAUAUCGUUAUGGUGGAUCACUUCAGUAUGGUGGCACUUCUGCACUAAAACCACCCCAACUACCCACUGCUUCUGGUUCUCCAAGUGGUGGAAGUGGUUAUCCACAGCUCCCUACUGCUCGGGUACUCCCACAAGCAUUACCUACUGCAUCUGCGGCAAGUGGUGGUUCAGGUUCUGGUGGAACUGGAAACAAGGUUUCUAUUGAUGAUGUAGUCGACAAAGUGUCGAGUAUGGGAUUCCCUAGAGACCAUGUGAGGGCAACAGUUCGGAAGCUGACAGAUAAUGGUCAAUCAGUUGACCUAAAUGCAGUGCUGGAUAAGCUUAUGAAUGAAGGUGAAAUGCAGCCUCAAAGAGGUUGGUUUGGUCGGUAGCAUGACAUUGUUCAAUUGGAUUGUGUAUAGAAGAAUCACUUGUUCCGUGAUGAAGAUUUAUGAGGAAGGAGGGCUUUAUGGUGGAUUGUGCCAAAUUGGAUAUUUUGACUCUUCUUUCUUUUCUUUUUCUUUUUUCCCUUUGUUCUUGUUUCUUGGAGAGUUGAAACUCGUAUGCUUUCUUGUCUUGGACCGAUUUAUCUUGAUGUUUUUUCUGUAUA